AACGAAGUUUCGGAUCAAACACAAAAUAUUGUGAAUACACUCGUGUUGGAGUAUCUUCUCACGGUGGAGAAUCAGGACGACCAUAAUGCACAAUAUCCUUCCCAUCAGCACUUUAUAGAAAAUAUUCAGCAACAUUAUGAUGAUGGUCAUAUUCCGAUUAGGGUGAGAAUGUGUCUUCAACAAUUUAAAAAAACCAUGAAAGAAGUGGAGCAAUCUAGGAAUAUUGAUCCAGAAACAUACAAGAGGAGAGUAUUGAAUAAUAUUGAUGUAAUCAGAUCAAUUUUAUCGGAAGUACAAGAGGAUGAAUUUUCAUCAAUAUUUGUGGGAGCUUCCUUUGAAAAAUCAGAAUUUAUUUAUAAGAUCACAAAGUGGGAAGAUGAUUUGAGAAAGAAUAUUGAAAAUGGGGAAGAUAGAGAUAAAGCAGCUGGUAAAUUGUUAGAUUAUGUGAGAAUAUUGGCCAAUUCAUUGGUUGUUCCUCGAAUUGUUUCCAUUGUUUCAGAUAGUUUAAAUAAUGAUAUUCGUUCCAUUGGAAGUUUCAUGUCUGAGGCCAUUAGUGAAAUUCCUCAACAAGAUGAGCCACCAACUCCUCCAAGAGAACAAGAAGAAUUGAGACAAACUCUCAAUAUUCUUACUCCCUUCUCAGAGGCAAAGAAACUCUCCUCACGUAUUUCAGCAGUAUCUAAUGGAUCAUCAACUCCAGAUAUUCCACCUCCAGGACUCAACUCUACACAAACCAUUAUUUGUGAUUCUGAUGAAGAGAGUCAGCCAUCUCAAUUAUUCUUGGAAAAACCAAACAUUUUUAGAUUAACAAACCCAUCCAAGAAUGGACGUCAUUCUGCCACAAGUUCUUCCAAUGCUGCUGUUGUACCUUCUUUUACUGAUUCUUCCACACACAGUAAUAAUGGUAGUAUAACACCAAUAAGCGAUGAAAAUAAUAACAAUAUAUUCUCCGAUGAAACUGUAAUUGAGCAACAACCUCCUCCUCCAAAAAAGAAGAGAAAGAUUGGAAAUAUUAAGCUUUCAAAGGGAGAACUUGUAGAAGCUGUCAAAAGUAUAGCAAAGAAGGAAAAGAAAAUUGGCAUGUCAUUCACAUUCAAAACCAAGAAAGCAUGGGAUUUUAUUGAAAAGAGAGUUUAUGGAGAUGAUGUUUCCAUACUUGGUGAUUCAAUGCUAGAGGAAGAUACCAGAGAACCAGCAUUUUCUCCUGAAAGAUGGAAGAGAAGAGAUGGAAAAGCUGCCAGAUAUUGGACCAAAGAUGAAUUAAAAGCUCUAUGGGAAGGAUUCCAAAAUUAUGGAAACGAUUUUGAAGCAAUUUAUUACACUUAUAAGGAUCGAUUCCACAUGACUAGACAUCCAGGUUCUCUCGGCAAGAAAUUCAAUCGAACAUUGAAACCUUUAAUUGUUGAUGAUGAAAUAGAUUUUGAUCAAAUACCUGAUGAACUAAAUUCCUUUGACAAUAUGCUACCAACAGCAGCUGCUUCCCACAAUAACUCUGGUGCAAGCAAUAACUCCUCCUCCAACAACAAUAAUAACACAAAUGGUUCCAAUAGUCCCAUGAUUUCAUCAUCAUUACCCGUUCGUCACGUCCACAAUGGUUUACCAGCUCGACAUUUGACUAUGGGUACUGGUGCUACUACUACUAACACUUCCACCACAACCAACAACAACACCACCACAAGUAGUGCUACUGGUAGUGGUGGUAGUGGCAGCAGUGUCAUUGGUGGUGGUAGUGGUAGUGGAACAAUGAAUCAAUCCACAACAGCUGUUCCUCAAUAUCAACAAUAUUUCACAAUGUUACAAUCGAUGGCUUCAAAUUCUUCAUCUUCUGCUGGACUUCCCAAUUUACCAUCUACAAGUUCAAUAAUGGCCAUGCAUGGAAUUCCAUCCUCGAAUAGUUCAAUCAUGAGAAAAACUUCAUUUUCUGCAAUUUUGGCUGGAAAUGCUCCUAAAAGUGUGAAUUUACAAACCUUGUCAAGUCAAAUUGCAACUCCUCAAUCAACAAUUCAACCAAAGAAACAUAAUUCACCUCCUUCUUCGACUUCUACUGCCAAUAAUAAUCAAAUGUCACCUGCUUUGGGUGUCAUUUCAACACAAAGUGCACAAAAUAGUUCAGAAUUAGUUGCUUCUGGAACUGUUCCUUCAAAUUUAUUGGAAUCCGCAUUGAAUAAUGUUUCUAAUAAUGGUAGUGUUGGAAUGGUUGGAAUGGAUCACCAAGAUGUUUCAAAUGGUUCAAAUGGUGGAGUUUCCAAUGCACUGAAACAAAUACCAGAGAAUAUGAGACCUGUACCAGUUAGUAAUUUAGAAAGUCAACAGGCCUCUCCUGCAGUUUCCACUCCAAAACCAAGAAAACCAAGAAAGAAGAAGGGAGAAGAAACUCCCUCCUCACUCAGCACUACACCAAAUAGCAGCAGUGGAACAACUGAUAGUACUACUGUCUCCUCUCCACAGACUGCCGAUGAAGACAGUUCCCUUACACCCAACACUGAGAAAUUAUCCAAAGGAAGAAGCAAAACCUGCAAACGAUGGACAGAAGAACAGAACAGACUCCUCAAGGAAGCAGUCAUUAAAUAUGGACCUAGAAAUUGGAAAAAGAUUGCUGGUGAAAUUUGUGGAGGAAUUUUCACAGCAGAUCAAUGUAACCAGCAUUGGCAUCGUGUUCUACAUCCACGUAUUAUUAAGGGUGAAUGGACUCCAGAAGAAGACAAUCUCCUAAUUGAAAAAGUUGAGGAAUUUGGUGAAUCAAGUUGGACCAAAGUUGCUGAAUUUCUCGCUGGUAGAACCGAUAUUCAAUGUAGACAUCGUUACUUUCAAAAGAAGAAGGAGAAUGAUACUGGUAGAAGAAAGAGUGUUACUUCCAUUUCCUCACCAUUCAUGGGAGGAUCUACAAGUUCACCAAGUUUGGGACAAAGCUCAGUUGCCUACGAUCUCUCUCCAAUGCUUGGCUCCUCUGUAGGUAACACUGCUGAAUCUACUCAGGCCAUUCUCAAUAAUGCACUCAUGAGUGGUGUCAAUUUCCCAUCUCCAUCGUUGGGUAUUUCUCCAAGUUCAAUCUUGACUGGUGGUUCAACAAAUACCUCAAAUUUUGUACAUCAACAUCGUGUAGUUCCUCCACUCUUUUCUGCUCCAUCCACUGUUCCACUCCAGGAGAGAUUGAAAGGAGAUUCAGUUGUGUUGGGCUCAUCGAGCACUCCAACAAUGAGUUCAUCUAGCUCACCAUUCCUCUCAUCAAAUUUGAAUGAAAUUCCACCCUUCCCUGAGAGUAAAAAGAAGCAGAAUCAAUACUUUUAUGUUGAAAAGAAUGGAUUGGACGAGAGUGAUUUCACACCCCCAUUAGCUACCAGUUCAACAUCUCCAGUGUUGGCCAGUUCUGUAACCAUAGAUUCUACUCCAUCGAUGGACAAGAAGGAACAUGUCAAAUCAAGUUCCACCUCUAAUAUUAACGAAAAUUUAUUGUUGUGUGAUGAAGAAGAUUUGUCAACUCCAAAUAUUGAAAAGGAUUUGGAUUCAAUUAAGAAGAAGACAACAACAGCAAGCAAUACUCCACUCAUGAAGAGUUCAUCAUCAAAUAUGAUGAUUACCGAUGAUGAUGACGACAUGGAUGAAGAUGAAGAAGAAGCUCAAUUGACCAUUGAUGAAAUGGACACAGAUAAGGCCAGUAUUCCACAAUCCAAGCCAUUAUCACUACCUUCUCACCACCACGCCCAACACUCUGCUUCAACAAGUACUCCUGAUGUAAUGAAGAAGGAAAUUCCAGAAUCUCCACAGCUAAUGAACUCUCCAGCCAUUGUCGGCGCCUCUCCAUCUGUAGCCAAUGAAAAACCAAAGAAACGUUCCAGUGCAUUGAAUAGAAUGAGAGCGAAUAUCAAUGUUUGGGUACCAUUCAGUGAGAGUGAGGAAAUUGUUUUGAGAAGAGAAAUUUCCAAACAAUUGAACCAACAUUCAGGUUCUUCCUCCUCUGCUUCUUCAGCUAAUACUCCAGUUUUGACAAGUGGCAAUAUACUUUCUACUGUUGAUCCAAAUGCUCCAAAACCAAUUCAAGUCAUUUCCUUCUCGAACCAUAAUGAGGAUUUCUUAGAUCGAAUUGAUUUUGUAACUAUUCUAAGGGAGAAUACUUCAUCUUUCCAUCCAUUGAGAACUCCAGUUUCACUUAAAGUUCACUCUCAAGCUUUGAGACAAGAAUUGGGAGAUUCAGUUUUAAUUGACGAAAAUUUCAAAGGAGAAACACCUCGUUCACUCUAUGAAAAGAGUAAUUCGCAUUCGUGGCUUGCAUCCAGUAAGAAUGCAAGAACUAGCAACAGUGGAACAAAUGCAAGUGGAAGCACAAAUGAAACAAAGCCAAGAAGAAGAAAGAAUCAUAUUGAUGCUAGUGGAGAUAAUCUUACAGGUAGCUCAGCAUCAUCUGGAAAACCACCAGUUCCUGGAAGAAAGAGAAAGCAAAAUGUUCCAAUUUCAAAUUCACCUGCAAUGGCCAUGCAAGCAAAUAACAAUGGUGCUGACUCAUCUUCUGUUUUGGAACCUUCUCAGAAAAAGACUAAAGUUGACGAACCUCCACAAGCUGCCAAUUCGACAUUCCUUGGAGGACCAAAAGAAACUAGACAAAUUCAACCAUCCAAGAUGUGUCUUCCUUUGGACACAACCUUAUUUGGAUUAGUUGCAAAAAUCAGAGAGGAAUUAUCACUCGAUUAUGAUCCUCAAUUGAUUUGUGAUUUUAUGCCAGUGAGGAAUUAUGGUCAAACUUUACAGGAAUUAAUGGAAGAGAAUGAAAUUAAGAUUAAUGAAUUGUUGAUUCAAUAUAAAUAA